AUGGAUAAGGAGCAUAACUUUGAUUAUCAGAGUUCUUUACUGGAUAUAGAUUGCGCAAGCACUUCAUCGGUAUCGCAUCCAACAGAUGAAGAUUUGGCUUCAAUGAACAGGCAAAUGGUAACCCCAGAGUUGAUGAGAUAUCUAGAAACUUUUGAGUUUCCAUUUAUAAAUGACGUAACAAAUUAUGAAAAGUUGGCAAAGAUUGGGCAAGGAACAUUUGGUAUUGUGUUCAAGGCUCGUUGCAAGCGUACAGGUCGAAUUGUUGCUCUGAAAAAAAUCUUAAUGGAAAAGGAAAAAGAGGGAUUUCCGAUAACAGCUCUACGAGAAGUUAAAAUGUUGCAGAAGUUAAAGCAUAGGCACAUCACGGAAUUAAUAGAAAUAUGUAGUAGCAGAGCAUCAGCUGCAAAUCAAGAACGUAGUUCGUUUUAUCUGGUAUUUUCUUUUUGUGAACAUGAUCUUGCUGGACUGUUAUCAAACGCAAGCGUACGGCUUUCUUUGGCUGCAAACAUUUUGAUCACAAAAGAUGGUAUAUUGAAGUUAGCGGAUUUUGGUCUUUCACGGCCACUGUUUUCCAAAUUUCCUGGUUAUCCUGAUCAUCGUUACACAAAUCGAGUUGUUACUUUAUGGUAUCGUCCUCCUGAAUUGCUUCUUGGGCAAUGUCAUUAUGGACCUUAUAUUGACAUGUGGGGUGCAGGUUGCAUCAUGGCUGAAUUAUGGACGCGCACUCCUAUUCUGCAGGGUGAAAGUGAACAAAAACAACUAUUUCUUAUAUCUAAUUUGUGUGGUAGUAUUAAUCCGCAAUCGUGGAGAGGUGUAGAAAAUUUACCGCUUUAUAACAAAGUUGAGUUGCAACAAAAUUUGAAUCGUCGAGUAAUCGAGCGCUUAGACCCUUACAUCAAGGAUUGCAAUGCUUUAAAUUUGAUCGAUAGUCUUCUCGUCUUAGACCCAUCAUUACGGCUCGAUGCCGAGCAGGCUCUCGACCAUUUGUUUUUCUUCACACAACCUCAUCCAGCACCAGAUGUGAAAGAUUUGAUGAGUACUAUUUCGACAAAUCUGUUUGAAUAUACUGUCGGAAGAGGAGCACAUAGUGCGCGAGGUCGUGGUGUACACCACCAAAACCGCCAGAAUAUUUGCUCUUCAAUGGUAUCACAAGGACAGUAUGUAGACAUGGUUUUUUGA